AGCCCGGAAGUAAGUCGUUUAUUGACAAUAUGGCCGUCGAGCUGGGUUUGGAUUUGGGGAUAAUUUUGAUUUGACAGCACAGACCAGAGAAGUUUCCGAAAUAAACACAAAUUCCACCUCAGGGGUGCACGGAACAGAUGCGUUUGAAUGAAGGGAUUCGUGGGACGUCCAUGGGACGGGAAUAGUGAGCAGAGGAAGCGCCCAGAGUGUGAAACCCGUCAUGUCGUUUUUUAAGAGGAAAGCCAAAAGCAAGGAACCUGAGAGAGUAACAGAUGCUAAAGUUAACAAAGUCAUCCCUCAGUCUCCAUCACAAGGGCCAAGGAACCACAAUGCUGUUGUGGGCGCUGCUGGGCCAAGCCGCGUGGCCAUCAGCGCCAUAUCUGCCAACAUGGACUCCUUUGCUCGGGGCCGCACCGCCAUCCUCAAGAAACAGCCGAGCCACAUGGAGGCGGCGCACUUUGGAGACCUCGGUCAUUCCAGCGUGAAUUAUCAGCCCCAGGAGACUCGCUCUCGGAUGUCUAAGACAGUAGACCAGGUCCUUAGAGACAAUGUGGCAUUGCCCCACUUCAUGCAUUGCAUGGACCAACGCGGCGCAGAUCACCUUGUUCGGUUUUGGCUCGAGGCUGAGAGUUUCCGCUCGGCCAGCUGGUCACGCGUCAGAGCGCAGAACCUCAACUCCGUCCAACACAGCUCGCUGGCCGAGCCGGUCUCCAUCUCCCCGGAUGGCCCAGAGCUCCACCAGAACACGCUCAAUGAUCUCGCACUUCACAACAGCCGUGGAAACCCUUCUCCGCUGUCUAGCCGGAGGGACUCCUCAAAUGCAGAAGCAGACCCCAAAGCCAACCCAUCUCGAGCAGAGACCCCCGCCAGACAGGCACUUUCCAGGACAGGGACUCCCUCCAAGGGGCCGUCAAACAGCACUCUGCGAGACCUCUCAGACACACUCAUGAAAAGUAUAGAAAAGGAUGCUGUUACCAUUUUCACCAAAUACAUUUCUCCAGAUGCUGCGAGGCCCAUCCCUAUCACAGAGCAGAUCAGAAAUGAUAUAGUUGCUAAGAUUUGUGGAGAAGAUGGUAUGGUGGACCCAAACUGCUUCGUCAUUGCUCAGUCGGUUGUCUUCUCCAUACUGGAACAACAGCACUUUACUGUAUUCCUGCGGAGCCACCAUUUCUGUAAAUACCAGAUCGAAGUUUUGACGAGUGGCUCUGUGUUCCUGGCUGACAUCUUGUUCUGUGAGUCAGCUCUCUUCUAUUUCUCAGAGUUCAUGGAGAAGGAAGAGGCGAUGAAUAUACUACAGUUCUGGCUGGCUGCGGAUAACUUCCAGAACCAGUUAGCUGCUAAAAAAGGCCAGUAUGACGGCCAAGAGGCUCAAAACGACGCCAUGAUCCUCUAUGAUAAGUAUUUCUCACUCCAGGCUACCAACCCCCUGGGCUUCGGCGACUCCGUGAGGAUGGAGAUAGAGUCGAAUAUCUGCCGAGAGGGAGGGCCCCUCCCCGACUGUUUCACCACUCCUCUCAGACAGGCAUGGACAACCAUGGAGAUGGUGUUCCUGCCUGGGUUCCUGUCCAGCAACCUUUACUACAAAUACCUGAGCGACCUCAUCAAUUCAGUGCGGGGGGAUGAGUUUGAGAAUGUCAGCACUCACGGUCAGGGCGGGCUGGUAGACAACGACCGCUCCAGUUCAAAUGCUAGCGAGAGCUCUCAGACUCAGCAUGGAGCCAAAAAAGCAGCGAUCAAGAUCCUGAAAAACUUUGACGAGGCGAUCACCGUAGACGUGGCCAGUCUGGAUCCUGAGAUGCUCUACCAGCGGCCAUAUGCUGGCAAGAUGACUUUCGGAAAGGUGAACGAGUUGGGUCAGUUUAUCAGGGAGGCCGAGCCAGAACCGGAUGUGAAAAAAUCAAAAGGUUCCAUGUUUUCUCAAGCAAUGAAGAAAUGGGUCCAGGGCAACUCCGAUGAGGCCCAGGAGGAGAUGGCGUGGAAGAUCGCUAAGAUGAUUGUCAACGAUGUCGUCCACCAGUCAAACCACGACAGCCCCGGCAUGUCCACCAAGCUAUGACCUCACUGAGGAACCAAAGGACAGUAGCUCCCUGCAGCAAAGAGCUGUCGGCUGGAUUUAAACUGGAGUGAACUGCUUUACUCCCACAAAGAACAAAGAGUUUUAUCAUCUCCCAGUUUACCUUACGGUUGUGUGUGUGGCUGUCAGUUUGGGUGAGUGUUUGCUAACACAUGGACCGAGACAAAACUUGAAAUACUUCAAUCUUCUAACUCCUAAAACACUAUGAAGAUGCACGUGUGGGUGCCAGAUGAGGGUGCUCGCAUUAAAUUAGAGGAAGACACUCCUAUGUGGGGAAACGUUGCGAAGAAAGCCGGCACAGAGAAGCGGCAGCCUGUUGGGACUACAGCUGCUUGCUUCUCUCGGACCUACGAAGGAUUCUUCAAGGACUGAAUUAAAUUCACUCCCACACAGCACCUUUUCUUUUAAAGCAUUCCUUGUUUUUACCUGAGUUUUGCUCUCCUGGGUAUGCCACAUAGAGCCCAUCAGCUCAGAGAAAUGUACAGUUUUUGAGUCUUUGUCACAGAUCAAUGUGGAGUGGUUUACUAAUUUCAGCUGUCCUACCCUGGCCGUUUGUGUACUGUAGAACAUCUUGAAAUGUGACGAUGAAACGGGCAAAGAGCGGAUCCAGUGGGUGGACUGACUGACCUUUAUAAAUAUUAAGGCGCCUUUGCUGAGCGUUAGAAUAAAUCUUCGAGUCAUGUCACAAAACUCCAAACUCCACGUCCUUAAGGUUCUAUACAUAUAUAGAGGUAAAAAUUCUGGUUUAUCCCUUAUAUGAAUGUUUGUCUUUUUUUUAAAUUGUGAUCUUAGUUUUUAUAUACAUAAAUAUAUAUAAAAACAUUGCUGACACAAAACUCAGUAAUGAAUUGACUGCUAAGCUGGAAGGUGUGCUCAGUUACCUUUAUUUUCUUUUUAUUUCUUUUGAGCUCUGCCUAGAUGUGGAAAGGAACCAGAAAAAAAAACUCUUGGUACCAUGUACCACGGUUUUUUUGACAUGUAUGUGUACUUGAUCUAUAAUAUAUUUAAACUGUGUUUGAUUCAAAUACAAUUAUUAUAAAACUUG